GAACCUAAUUAACAAACUUACUUAAAACCAAAUAUAAACUCUAAGCGGACUCCAAACUAUAAUACUCCGCAAUCGGAAUAACAUAUUUAAUACCUACUAUUUCAAUGUAUUUCUAUUGCGCAUUAUGAAUUGAGUAUAUUAUUUAAACUUACGGAGGGUAAUGGUUUAAUCAAUAUUUAAGGGGUAUUUGGAGUUGUUUCGAGGGGAAAAAUUCUUUAUGAAUAUUGAAUACUGUUAGUGUUGUUAUUGCUAACACUGGCUAUGGCCUAUGGGUAAUAGUGAUACCCCUGAGAAACAUGAAUUAUACAGCUAAAAACGUAAAUAAUAUUAUUUUAUCAUAACAUAUAAAUGUUUAUAUAUCUUUGUUGUUACAAUUAACAGUUUCAAUAAACUGGAGGCGUAAUCUUAAUACUCUUAAAUUCAAGAUGAUACAAAAAUGCAUGGAUCAAGAAGAGUUGUGGUAUUUUGCCUUCUCACAACUGUCUUACCAUCAAUACUGAUAAUUUCUCCAUUAUACUUAAGACAUAUAAAAUAUGCAGAUGUAAUGUACAAAAUAUCGGAUUCUGAUGUAAUACAGAUACACAAAGGCCAAUCUUCAAUAUUUUGUGAGAGACAUUCCUUAAAAAUGAAUAAUACAUUCAAUGCAUUCCAAAUGAAAGGGCGGCCCCAUUUAUCAGAAAAUAGAAAACAUAUAACAUUAAGGAAAUCCAUGUCCUUGCCUGAUGAUACACUUGAAUAUUGGGGAUUUUACCUAUUUGCUGGAGCCACCGUUGAGUUAAAGGCAUGCUCUAGAUAUGAAGGAUCUAAAAUAUUAGUUGUGAAAGGAGAUAAGACAUUGGACACUUGUGGAAUCUUGGAAGGUAAUAAGUACAAGAAAGAUACCCCUUUGAUAAAUAAAAAUGAAAAUGUUUCAGUUACACUUCAAAGUCCAGAUAUUGAUACUCUUCUAGAACUCAAAGAAGUCUUAAACAGUAAAAGAGAAAUGGUUACUGAUAAUUAUCAAAUUGAUAACACUGAACAAACAUCUGAAGCAGGAAGAAUUAAAAGAGACACAUUAAGUUCAUCUUUACACAAUCCCAACACUCUUUUGGACACUGGAGUAAACCAUGGAGGAAAUGCCAAUCCCAAAUUACAAUUACAAGAUGAUGCAUCAGUAUCUAGUUUUGAGAACAAUCUUCAUGAAUGUUACAAUGAAAAUAUGAUAAUAAAUGAAUAUUUUCCAUAUUCAAUACAAUGCAAUAAUACAAGAUAUUUAGAAGUAACAACAACUCUAAAAGUUGUCCAUGAUGUUACUAUAGAUGGAUAUUAUUAUUACAUAUUUUACAGUGAUAAUGACUUUGUUGUAAAUGAUGUUCAUGCCAUAUUUGAUAUAUACAAACCUAUUUUCCAAUAUUCUAAUAUGUCCGACACUAAAGUGUGUAUAAAUAAAACUGAAUGUUCUUUUGAUAUUGAUUUGCUCAGUGAUGAAUUAGUUAUUGUAGAUGUUCCAACCAGAGAUGGGUUAAGAAAUGAGGAUACAUCAAUAUUAAUAUCGGUGUGCCAUCCUCGAAUGUCUAUAUAUAUAAUAUUUCCUGUCUCUGUUUUAUUGUUAGUUAUAAUAUUUGCAUUUUUAUGAUAUUUUAUUAAAGUGGUUGUGUACUCGUUUUUGAUAAAAGCAAAUCUUGCUGAGAGUAAGACAUUAAUUUAUUGACUACUAGAAACCUAAGCAUUUUUAUUUUAUAGAUAUUAGACAUGUUUAUGUAUAUAAAGUUCUCAGAUAAGACUGUGAUGUUACUUUGCCUGAUAUAUUAUUUUAUUAUUGUUAUAAAGAUUAAAGAUGAUAUUACAUA